AUGUCUUCGGGAGCCUUCGGGAUCAAGCCAAAUGAUAGAAGAUAUAAUCAAAACUCAAUACCACUCAGAAAUUUAAACAUAAAUGCUUCACUAAAAGAAUCUCUCGCAACAGUAGAGCUCACUCAAACCUUUAUGAAUUUAAAUUCCUCACCUAUUGAAUGUGCAUACAGUUUCCCAAUAAAAGAAGAAUCCGUAAUAACAAGUUUAAACAUCCAAUUUUCAGAUGGAACUAAAAUUAAAGCAGAAAUACAAGAAGAAUCCAAAGCCCAAGAAAUCUAUCAAGAUUCAAUUUCCUCAGGCAGAACUGCUGUUCUUGCCAAAUCAGACAAAAAUACAAUUACAUUUAAUAUUGGGAAUAUUCAGCCAAAUGACAUUAUAUGUGUUGAAUUAAAAUUUUGCUUCCCUUUGCAAAGCAGGCUGGAUAACUGGGUUUUUACGCUGGAUAAUUAUAUUUUCCCUUACUUUGAAGAAGGGAAGCCUAAAUCUAUUGAGGAAGUUAAAUCAAACGUAAGAGGAUGCAAUUAUUAUGUGGAUUUUGGCUUAGAAAUAUUUUCAGAAAAUUCGAUUUCUGAUUUUAUUUGUAGGGAGUUUCAAUUUGACACGAUUUUAUCAGAGGAUUCUAACUCUUUAUAGUGAUAAAUAUUUUUUAAAAAAAAAUAAAAAAAAUAUAUUUUUAAUAGGAAAAUCGGCAGAGUAAGCAUCUUACUGCAAAAUUAAACAAAAACGCCCAAAUAAUCCCUGACAAGUCAGUCGAAAUUUCUUAUAAAACCUCAGACGCCAAUAUCCCAAAAUGCAUAAUUCAAGAGCAUGAUGGAGAAUAUACAGCCAUGCUUUCAUUUCUUCCUAUAUACCAAGAAGAAAAUGAGGACCUCGAAGACCUAGAAGGCUCUGGCGAAUACCUCUUUAUCCUAGAUCGAAGUGGUUCUAUGGCCGGCGAUAGAAUUGAUAUGGCUAAAGAAUCUUUAUCCUUACUCCUAAAAAGUCUCCCACAAAGGUCAAAAUUCAACAUCAUCAGCUUUGGGACUCAAUUUUCCUGUAUGCACCCUGUAUCUGUUGAAUACUCCCAAGCUACCCUCGACCUUUCUUUAUCACAAUUAAAGCAAUUCCAUGCCGACAUGUCAUCGACUAAUAUUUAUAACCCUUUAAAGCACAUUUUUAAUAGCCAAGCUCUAAAUGACUACCCCAGAGUGAUUUUCCUAAUAACAGAUGGAGAAGUUGAAGACCCUAAUGCAGUUAUAAAGCUUAUAAAAGACAAUUCUAAUAAAUGCAGAGUCCACACUUUUGGAAUCGGUGGCGAAGUGUCUGAAGAUUUAGUCAAAAAUGCAGCUAAAGCAGGAGGUGGGACUUCUGCAUUUAUUAAAAAUAGAAGCGAAAUAAACCAAAAAGUCAUAGCAGCCCUACAAAAAUGCAUAAUGCCUGCCCUGACUGAUUGGACUGUCAAUUGAAAUGAUGAGAUUACGCCAUCAGCACAGCGGCUUUCUACAAUUUAUUAUGGGGAAAGGUUUAUUCUUUAUUCAAAGCUAGGAAAUUCCGUCCCAAAUUCUUCCCCAAUUUUAACCUGUUUUGAUACAAAAAUUAGAGCUAGACGAGAAUUUAAUAUAAAUUAUUCGGAUGAGAUAGGACAUGGAGAAGAAAUAAGGAAAUUGUGGGCGAAAAAUAAAAUUGAGGAUUUGGAGAACGCUGAGAAAGAAAAAAUUAUUGAGAUGUCUGUGAAAUAUCAGGUGCUGUCACCGUAUACAGUUUUUAUUGCGAAAAAAUUGACGGCGAAUGCUGAGAGUGGAGAAAUGGAGUUUAUAAAAUUAAAGAAAAAAGAAGCUAUGAAUAGAGAGCCUACAUCAUAUAGAAUACCUAUGCAAGGUGUGAUAGUUAAUCAAUCUCGGCCUAUCACUAAUCACGGUAUGUCUGGAUUUAAAAAUAUUUUAUUCGGCAGUUCUCCUCAGCAAACUCUUAGCAGCAAUUCCUCUAGUAAUGCGUUCCAAUACUCUCCUCCUAUGCCUGGAUAUUGCCCAUCUCCGCCUGUUUUGAAUUUAAAUUGUCCACCACCUCCUCUUCCUCAAUCUGCUCCUCCUCCUCCCUCUCAAUUUCUUCCCCAAGCAAGCUUGCCUUCUCAGCCAGCAUAUAAACCUACAAUGGUUGGCUUCUGUACGCCGCUACUCGCGUCUGGGAGUAUCCCUCCUCCUCCUCCUCCUCCUCCUAUGAGUUUACCUCAAACAGCCUACUAUCAGCCUACUUUUCUUUCAAAUAUUCAAUCUGCUUCUCUUAAAAGCACUCAUUCUUCUUUUUCUUCAAGCCAAAUUCAAACCCAAGCAUCAGUCCCAAAACUAAAUCCUCCUCCAUCAUUUUUGCCACCUAUAUAUUCCCAAAUAUCCCCAUCGUAUUCACCUAGCAGUCCAUCAUAUUCGCCUACAAGUCCUUCGUAUUCAGCUGCAAACCUACAAGAGACUAUUCCUGAGCCAGAUUUAUUAUGCACUAAAAUGGUGAAUCAGCCCAUUCUCUUAACUAAUUUAGCCAGCAUGCGAGAUUUUUAGAAAAGGAGAUAACGAAUCCGAUAAGGUGUUUAUGAAAUAAAUAGAGCAGCAGAGUCAAGCUUAAUCUAAUGACAGGAAUUUCUUCAUGGAAAAUAGAUCUUGAAGAGGGAUUAUAGUAGUUUCAGAAUUGAGUUUCUCGGUUAAUCAGGAAUGUUUCCACCGUGAGCCAAGAGUUACCAUUUAUACUUUUGAUUUUCAUUUGAUAGAGAGUCAGCCUAAAAAUUCAACCAUUUGAAUUAUUAUAGGCAGCCUAUGUUGGCAAACACACAACUCUACUGACUAUGGGUUAGCGAAUACAGGCCGUCAGCAGGAGUAGCCUUUGCGUUUCGUAAAAUUCGAAUUGACAAUCAGGCGAGGAAGCAUUAGGUAAGGAGAUAGUGCUUCUGAAUAUAGUGGACUUUUCGACAAGUCUAAUUAAGAUCAAGAUCCUGAUCCUAUUUCUCAAGCUUUACCUAAAAAAUCCACCCCUCCAAAAAAAGCAAACGAUGAUAAAAAGUGCAUAAGAUCCCAGCAAGAUAUUUUUGCAGAUUCAUCUCAAAAUAAUGCUAUAGAUCUUUUUGGGGACAUUUUGACUGAACCAGCUUCUUAUUCAUCUGUAGAGAUAGCUGUGUCUCAAAAACCAAAAAUAGUAAAUUAUAUGAAAAUAGUAGAAAUCCAAGCUUUUGAUGGGUUUUGGGCUGAUUCUGCUGUUAUUAAUUUGCUGAAAUUUUCACCAGAAAUUUCUGAGGAAAUUAGAAAGAUUUCUCUUGAAAAUCUUAUUGGGACACUAAUAGCACUGGCGUAUUUGAAUAAAUAUUGUGAAGGACAGAAAGCUGAAUGGGCAUUAAUAGAGAGAAAAGCAGUGAAGUGGCUUAAAAAGAAUGGGAUUAAUAGAAAUUUGGUAGAUUUGGUGAUGGAAAAAAUUUAA